CAUGCGGGGUCACAGGAACUGAGAAACGUAUACAACAAAGAUGGCGACCACCGGCGAGGCAACAGCGAUCGUUUCACACGUGGAGAAUCAGAAGAAGAAGAAGAAGAAGGGGCCUCCUGUCCGGUACUGGCAGGAGAACGGGAAAGAUGAAAACCAAGCGGGAGGAGACGGAGGAAAAGCUCCACAGCAGAAGGAGAACAGGAAAGAUGAAAGCCAAGCAGGAGGAGAAGCUCCACAGCAGAAGGAGCCCAAGACGAAGAAAAGGAAGCAAGAGGAGGCUCAAGGAGGUGGAAAGAAAUUCAUAUCAGGAAAAUCAGACCCUUUCCCUGGUCCUGCUCCUAUUCCACAAGAAAGGCUGGAGAAGUUCAAGAGGAAAGAGAAUAUAAAAAAGCGUCGGAAGCAGCAUUACAAGUUGAAAGACAUGAUAUCUCGCUCCGAAGAAACGUCACAAAUGGCUCAGAAACAAGCUGCGCGGUUUGACAUCCUACUCCCAGAGGACGCAGGGUUUCUUGAAGGAGAGGAAGAUGAGGACACAUGUACGAUCUCUCAGGAAGAUAUUGCAGAUGCUGUGGAUAUAACAUCUGGAACAAAGUAUUUUAACCUGAAACUGUCUCAGUUCGGUCCAUAUCGUCUGGAUUACAGCAAAACUGGACGCCACCUUUUGCUUGGUGGGAGGCGAGGCCAUGUAGCUUGUGUAGACUGGCAGUCCAAACAGCUGAUGUGUGAAAUUAACGUGAUGGAGUCUGUCAAUGAUGUAAAGUGGCUUCACAGUGAGACCAUGUACGCAGUGGCUCAGAAGAAGUGGCUGUACAUUUACGACUCCAACGGAAUAGAGCUUCACUGCAUCCGCAAGUUCAAUGACGUCCUUCGUAUGCAGUUCCUCCCUUAUCACUUUCUGCUUGCUACAGCGAGUGCUACAAGCUUCCUACAGUACCUGGAUGUGUCUGUGGGAAAGGAGGUGGCAGCCAUCUGCACCAAGACUGGCCGACUGGAUGUGAUGUGCCAGAACCCUCGUAACGCUAUCAUCCACCUGGGACACUCCAACGGUACAGUCACCCUGUGGUCGCCCAACCAGAGAGAAGCCCUCGUCAAGAUGCUGUGUCACCACGGCGGCGUGCGCUCUGUCACCGUUGACAAGUCGGGCACAUACAUGCUGACAUCUGGGAUGGAUAAAAAGUUGAAGGUGUACGACAUUCGAACCUUCAAGCCCCUCAAGUCCUACUUCCUCCCUGCUGGAGCUUCCUGUUUGUCACUGAGCCAGAGAGGGCUGCUGUCUGCAGCCACAGGGGAUAUUGUUCAGGUGUACAGGGACGUGUGGAGCACUCCAGUAACUAAACCCUACAUGGCUCACAGGGUUCGGGGAACAGCGUGGGGGCUGCAGUUUUGUCCCUUUGAAGACGUCCUCGGGGUCGGACACGGAGACGGCUUCACCAGCAUGCUCAUACCAGGUGCCGGUGAGCCUAACUUUGACGGUUUGGAUGCUAACCCAUACCGCAGUGUAAAGCAGAGGCAGGAGUGGGAGGUUAAAGCUCUGCUGGAGAAGAUCCAGCCGGAGCUCAUCACCCUGAACCCCAAUGAACUGGGUCAAGUUGACCACGCCACCUUUACACAAAGGCACCAGGACAGAGUCACAGCUCUGGGCUUUGACCCACUUGCCAAAGAAAAAUUUGUACCCAGGUAUAAGAAAAAAGGUCGCAGUUCUACUGGCAGUGUCGAAAAGCGCAAGAAGAAAGUGGCUCACGAGGACCUGAGGGAUGUAAUCAGGGAAACUGUGGAAGACAAAAUGAAGGUGGAAAAAGAAAGAAAGGAGAAGGAUUUGAAGACGGGGGAAUCUUCUGGCUCGAAAUCUGCUCUGGACAGAUUCAAAAAAUAGAAAAGUGGAAAGACCCUUUGUGCCGCCCGGACGUCAGUGACAUUCUGUGGGAGCGACCUUUUGAACUUCAUAUAAAUGACUCAUUUUUGGACACAUUCCUCCAACAAAACACAAGUGGCAGAAAUUCUGGAUAUUGUCUACUACUAAGGACAUUGUGAUGGGUAACAGUUUGAAAUCUACAUCUGAAAUCAGUGUAGUGGAAGGGCCGCUCUAUUCAAUGUAGCCUGAAGCGAUUCCUGUCUACAUGGGUAGAUGUGUGCGGUGCCACGGCUGGCGUGUGUGUUGCCUAGAAUUUGUGAUGAGUUGUAAGGUUUUUUUUUCCUCAUCUGAUAACAUUUUCACUCAUUUUUUAACUAAACUGGCUGAGAAUAUGUCAAAUGUUUUAUAUUAAUGUCCUAAAAAUAAACAACAUACUGCCAAG